AACUGGCGCAGGCGCAUGGGAGGCGUGCUCUGAGGCGCCGGGCUCACUCCCGCCCCUGGCCUGGUGGGAAGGGGUGAAAAUGGCGGCGGCCGGCGCUGUGGCUACUCGGCUGCUCCUGCUCCUGCUGAUGGCGGCAGCAGCCCCCAGUCGCGCGCGGGGCAGCGGCUGCCGGUCCGGGACCGCUCUGCGGGGGGCGGGGGCAGAAGGUCGAGAGGGUGAGAGCUGUGGCACCGUGGGGCUGCUGCUGGAGCACUCGUUUGAGAUCGAUGACAGUGCCCACUUUCGGAAGCGGGGCUCACUGCUCUGGAACCAGCAGGAUGGCACUUUGUCCCUGUCACAGCGGCAGCUCAAUGAGGAGGAGCGGGGCCGGCUCCGGGAUGUGGCGGCCUUGAAUGGCUUGUACCGUGUCCGGGUCCCUCAGCGCCCUGGGGCCCCUGAUGGCCCAGAAGCCGGUGGCUACGUCUCCUCCUUUGUCCCCGCGUGCUCCCUGGUGGAGUCGCACCUGUCGGACCAGCUGACGCUGCACGUGGAUGUGGCUGGCAACGUGGUGGGUGUGUCGGUGGUGACACACCCCGGGGGCUGCAGGGGCCACGAAGUAGAAGAUGUGGAUCUGGAGCUGUUUAACACUUCUGUGCAGCUACAGCCACCAGCCACCGCCCCAGGUCCUGAGACAGCUGCCUUCAUUGAGCGCCUGGAGAUGGAACAGGCCCAGAAGGCCAAGAACCCCCAGGAACAGAAGUCCUUUUUCGCCAAAUAUUGGCACCUCAUCCUCGGGGGGGCCGUGUUGCUCACAGCCCUGCGUCCUGCCGCCCCGGGGCCCACGCCGCCGCCGCAGGAGGCCUGAUGGAUGUACAUCAUUCCCGUCGUCCUGUUCCUCAUGAUGUCAGGAGCGCCGGACGCCGGGGGCCAGGGAGGGGGCGGCGGCGGGGGUGGUGGUGGGGGCAGUGGCCGCUGAGGGGCCUGUCAGCACCCUGGUCCUCUGUCAUCCAGGCAACUCCCUUCUUGCCCAGAGUGCCCGUGUCCUUGGUUGUCUGAAGAAGGAUUUGCCAGCCCGUCCCGUGUCCGUCCCGUGAGGAUGGGAGGACGUCCCCUCCCCAGGAGUCCUUUCCCUCUGGUCCUUGCUGUUUCUGCGGCUGGAGGCUACCUUCUGGUGCACUCCGCCUUCCCCUGUGGCCCCUCUGCUGCCGCAAAGGCUUCCCGUGCCCACAGCGUGGAGCUUGAGCUUCUGGGCCAGCUCUGACCUUGUGUUUGUCCCCCCGUUUCCGCCCCGAGCCUCACAGUUUGGGAACAUGCCGAGUUCUCUCCAGCCUCUGUGCCUUUGUUCGUAGUCUUCUCGUCCUGCCUGUCCCAGGCCGGGCUAGAUGGUCCCCCUAACUUGUCUGACACUGGAUUGGGCCAUGUGCUUCCCACCUGUCUGCCCUGAGGGGCCUGGCGCAGAGCAGGUGUGGGCUGGCCAGGGGUCCCCCUCCCCACACACCCCCCCCCCAGGCUCCGUUCCUCCCAGCAGCCCCACCUUGGGAUCCUUCCCCGGCCUUUAUCUGCCCAUGGCCCUGAGCAGUUUAGGCUGCUUUGUCAGGAUGCCAGGCCUUCGGAAGCUUUGGGGCAUGAAGAAAUUAUGUUAGAAGUGAAAACAAAACUAAUACUUAGUAGAGUCGAGGGCCGGAUGAUGUAAAUAGAACCCGUUUCCCUGUCCGGAAUGUCUUCCCUGUCUGCGCACUGGGAGGCCACUGCCUGGCUUUGCUAUUGAUCACCCCCUCCCUUUGCCUGUUUAAAAACAUUCAAAAGUAUAUUGAAAUACAUCAGAGUAAAAAACAACUCAGCAGCCGAAUGCAACCGUCAAUUUGGUCCCAAGGAAAUCCCAGUGCCCAGGCUUUACUGAAUUUCCGCCGUUCACUGUACGUUAUUAUUCAGAAACACACACAAAUGGCUCGCGGGGCCGCCGUAAUGGCUGUGCAACGCUCCACGGUGUCGUAUGGCUGUUGGUUAAACUGUUUCCCAAAUGUUCCACAUGUAGCUUCCUGCUCAGUGUGGUUAAUAAAUAGCAGUGUUAUCCAGGC